CGACAUCGGGCUAUAUAACGGACCGGGCAGGACGGCUGUGGGCAUCAGUCCCAGAUCAGCAGAUUAACAGUCAAGUCUUCGAGUGAUAGUCUACAGGCCAAAAAUGAAGUUCGUCAUCUUGCUCGCCCUGGUGGGCUUCGCCUGCGCUGGAGAGUACACUAACGCUCCAGAGUUCCACACCACCGUGGUGCAGGGACCACUGGCUGUAGCACGAGUUGCAGGAGAGGGUCAGAGGAGUGCCAGCAGCUCCUACGCCCGUGAGGGAUCCGCCGCCGGUGCCGACUACGCCCGCGAUGAAGCCCAGGCUGCCGAAACCGCCGCCAAGGCCCGUGGAUACCAGUACGCAUACAGGAACGGAUACAGCUGGUACCAGCCCAAGAUUCUGUACGCUUACACCUUCGAGCGCCCCAUCAUUGGCACCAGGGACCAGGAGGUUGCUCUGCCUGCCAUCAACACCAACAUCCCCCAGGCUAACAUUGCCGUGGCUCCAGUUGUCUACCCCAGCAUUAACGUACCCACCCCAGCCGUCCCUGUAUGCAGCGGACCCGGCUGCGGCCGCUCCCACGGAUAUGGCGGUCGCAAUCUUGGAUACAGAGGCGGAUAUGGACACGGACUUGGAUACGGAGGAUACGGACUUGGAUACGGAGGAAACGGGCUUGGAUACGGAGGAAACGGGCUUGGCUACGGAGGAUACGGACUUGGAAACGGAGGAUACGGGCUUGGCUACGGAGGGCACGGACUCGGCGGAUAUGGCAGAUGGUAAGAAGACUGAAGCAUGUGGACCCAUACACAGUUCAACAACAUGAGUAAAGAUGAGGAUUAAAUCUGAAGUGCUGUCGUUGUAAGAAGUAGCAAAGGACUAACAGAGAUUUUUACUAAAUACGGAGGACCUAUAAAUAUCACACUUGUUUUACUGCUUGAUCAGAGUCUGAUUAUCAUGAGAUUGAUCGUUUGUUUUUUGUAUUCCGUCAUGUGUAUAGAGUAUAUUUAUAGAUACUGCUGAUACUUGACACUGUAGUGAGAAAAUCAAAAAUAAAUUGAUUGUGUUGUACAGAA